UGUCUUUCUCGUUUCAUUUUUCUUUUUCACAUAUAUAUAAUUCGAGAAUACUCAUUUUAUCUAACUGAACACAUUUUUAAAGUUGCUUCGCUUUAUCAGUGAUUUAUUGCGAAUUAUUAUUUGUAAUUAUUAUUUUUUUCACGUUUCGUUUGUCCACGUGGAUCUUUAUUAAUGUAGCGUCUCAUCUUGAUAAUUCAGCAUUUGUGAAUAGAAUAUAUUUCUUCAUGUUUUAUAAUAAACGUGGCAACUUGCAACGUUGUGUUUUAUGAAUUUGGGAAAUUAAUGUAUUUUUUGUUGGUCCUAUAUGAUCACGUAUAAAAAAUCCAUGAAUCGUGAGCCACCAUCAGAAUUGAUUUUUCCACGUGUACAAACGUAUCGAAUAUUUUAAUAAGUUAGCUAAAGUUGCUCCAAAAUUAUCCUCUCAUUUUGGCAUGCCUCCGUGUUGUAUCUCAACGGAGCAUGAAUGCUUGUGGGAGGUAAAGUAAAAGGGGAAUUUGCCUUCGGAAUCCACACGAUACUGUCUGGAACCGUUUCUCUAAGUUCCCAAUAAUUCUUUAAUUCUUAAAUACUGAUAUGUAUUCUUGUAGUACGUAGAAACUAUAUGACAUUUUUAAAAUGAUUUCAGGUCGGAUUAGACAAGAUAUAAAAGAUAAACUUUAAAUGAAAUAUUUUGCAUAUGAAUCUGAAGAGAACAAUAAGUAAAAAAUGAUCUCAAAGAUAAGAAGAGUUUCAAUUAGAAAAAUGCCAGGCUUUGAAUCAUUGGAUAGACUCGCCAAGUGUUGCAUGACAUUGAUAAAAUAUGCUUGGGCUAUCGAUCAUACAGUUCAUGCAACUUUUGGAUAUUUUCCAACAUGAAGAAAAAGACUGGAUAUUAAGAAUUCAGUAAUAUCAAAAAUGGGAAAUAAAUCGUUACAUUAAAGAAGCUUCCAGAAAAUAUAAAUAUCAUUAAAUAUGUUGCAAAUGGAAAAUUGCACAAUUUAAAUAAAUUGCAAAAGCUGUUAUUGGAGGUUAACAAUCCAGAUAUGGUAACAUUAUAAUGACAAUUAUAGAGAUGAACUAUAUAGUCUUGUGACAAUAUAAUGUCAAUGUAAUGAGAAGCAUACCAGAAGAAAGAUAAAAUACUUUGCAAAAAUGAUGUCAGAAGAACUUGGAAUAAAAAAACUUUAAAACUCGAUACAAAAAUGUGUGAGAUAACAGAGAGUCAGUAAUGUAAAAUAAUUUUAAACUAUUUUGCAAUCAAUGAUUGCAUUACUGUAUGACAUUGAAUAUUAAUGUAAGUUUUGAUAAAUUUAAUAAACUAGAAUUUAUAUAAGUUCAGUCUUUUAUUACCAAAUGUUAGUAUCUCUAGAAAUGAUUUUGUCAGUAAUGUAGCCUACAAUCCCAAUGUUUUGCAGAUACUUUGAUAUAUUCGCGCUUCUUCUGGUUUAUUCAAACAUCCAUAAAGCUUAUUCAGUUUCAAGCAAUCUGUUUUACUCAUCGCUUUUCGUUGACCGAUCGUGACACCAGGCGUUUUCGGUGUCAGAGUUGGUUUCAUAGGAUCUAUACUAAAAAAAUAAUUACCGUAAUGCAUUAUGCUGUCGUAUCCAUAUUCGUAGCUAUACGUCGCAUUCUCCGGUGAUUGUUUGUUGAAGUUCGAUCGAAAUCCUAAUAAUAUACAAAAGAAAAUGAUUGUUAAGAAAAUCUAUAGAAAAAUAUUAGUUUCAUAAUUAUAUAUAUGUUCAUAAAAAUUUAGGAUUUAAUUCUUACCAGGUAUAAUAUUCUCAUAAUGUACAUUUAUAUACGUGUCUCUAUCGGAACGACUGUGCUCGUGGAAAAUACCGAGGGCAUGCAUCAACUCGUGUAUAGCUCUUCCUUCAUUUUCCAAGCAAUUCGGUCCUUUUUCGUCUGGUGGUUCCAGGGAGAGGAUUUGGGUUCCACCGAAUUUACCCACGAAUGACCAACAUCUGAAUUAAUUUUACGUAUGAAUGAAAUUAAUAAAGAAAUUAAUCUUAUUUUUUUAUAGUGCAAGAAUAUUGGGUCAACAUCCAUGCACGUUUUACAAGUGUUUUUAAAGUGCGAAUAUUUACCCUUUAGGAUGCAUUACUGGCCAAAUCAGCAAGAAAUCCUUGGCUUUACCAUCCCAUGGAAUAAAUUUGAUGCAUGUCAUAUAAUUUAUAUAUGUGAUUGCUUUAUAUAUUUUCACAUAAUCUGUAACAUCUGGAAACAGAAAGAUUAUAUAUAUUAUUUCUUAUUUUUAUCUCGUUUUUCAAACACAAUAUGGAAUAUAAUAUUAUAAAUAUACACACACAAUUAUUUGUUUAUACAUACCAUAUAGAGUGCUAAUUACAUAAGGAACUGUUCUAUUUUGCCACAGUUUAUCUGGGAAAACAUCCCAACGUAAACCAACACGCCAAUGAUUGAAAUACUAAACAGAACAAAAAAUAAUAUAAAAUAAAUUAUAACAAAUAUAAUAAGGAAGAAAGAGGAUAAUAUAUACCUCGCUAGUCACGGCUAUAUCUCCUUCAAAUAAACCAGGACGGACUUCCGGGUCUUGCGAGGACUCGUAAAGAUAGUGAUUAAAGUUGAAGAUUAUGGGAUUUUCGCAAAAAGCGACUGAGAAAAAUUUAGACCAUGCAAUUGCGGGAGCUGCUAGUGGAUGUAUAACGAGAUUUCUAUGUCAACCUUUAGAUGUUAUAAAGAUCAGAUUUCAAUUACAAGUUGAACCAAUUUCAAAAUGUCACGUUGGCAAAUAUAGAUCUAUAUUGCAAGCUUUUUUACUAAUCUUGAAAGAAGAAGGGGUUUCUGCUUUAUGGAAGGGCCAUAUACCUGCACAAUUGCUGUCAAUUACUUAUGGGACAGUUCAGUUUUAUUCGUACAAUGUGUUGAUGCAAAUGAUGCAAAGAAUACAAAAAAUUGAAGAAUGGAAUCAUUCGAUGCAUUUUAUUGCUGGGGCUGGUGCUGGAAGUAUGGCAACAAUUGUUUCGUUUCCUUUUGAUACUAUAAGGACUAGAUUAGUAGCCCAAUCGAGUAAUCAUCAAGUUUAUAACGGUGUGCUACAUUCUUGUAGUUCAAUUCUUCGACAAGAAUCGCCGAAAGUCUUCUUUUCUGGUCUAUUACCAACUUUAUUGCAAAUUGCUCCACACACUGGGUUGCAAUUCGCAUUCUAUGAAUUUUUCACAGAUUUCUAUAAAAGAUAUACUUCAAGUACCGAUACUAAUUUCUAUAAUUCCAUGGUAUCUGGUAGCGCCGCUGGAUUCAUUGCGAAAACGAUCGUCUAUCCGUUUGAUCUUGCUAGAAAGAGGUUGCAGAUACAAGGUUUCCAACAUGGUCGUAAAGGAUUCGGCAAGUUCUUUCAAUGUGAAGGAUUAAUGGAUUGCUUAAGAGUGACUGUAAAAGAAGAGGGAGUGCAAAGUCUCUUCAAAGGUCUUGUACCGAGUCAGAUAAAAGCUACUGCAACUUCAGCUCUGCAUUUUACCACAUAUGAACAAGUUUUAUUACUGUUAAGAAUAUUGCACUGAUAGCAAAUUUAAGUAAAACAAAUUUAUUUAAUAUAU